AUGGAAUUAUUUUUAAAUAAACCACCUGAAGCUCCAUAAAGAUAAUUUAUUCGUCUUUUUGUUAAUACAGGAAAUAAACAAUUCAUUGCAACAGUAGAUCGUACAUAACAGGUAGUUUAGUAAAUUAUCAAUUAGAAUUUAGAAGUUUAGAUUGCAAAUUCAUUUGUAUACACUUAGAGAGAAGAUCCUGAUAAUGAGGAAAUAUAAUAAUUCUAAGUCAAAAAUAUAAAAUAAAAUGGCUAUUUGGUUGUAAUUCCUAAACAAAUGUAAAUUGGACAUGUACUUGAUGAUCAAACCUUUAUCACUUGUGAAAUUAUAGAACCAAAAAAAAAAUCACAAGUUAAAAUUGAAUAAAAUGAAGGUUCAAAAAGAAAGAAUAAACACUAAAAGGAAUAAAAUAAAUUAAUAGAAAAUUUACCAGACAUUUCCCCACCUAGAACUUUACCAUAAUAACAAGAUGAUAAACAAGGAAAUAAAUUACCAUAAAAUAAUUAAAAUCAAAAAUAGGUAUAAUAAUAACAAAAAGAUAAAGAAUAAUUGACAAAAAAAUAAUAAAAAUAAUAAAACAAAAAUAAAUAAGAAGAAGAGAAAUCUAAGUAAUAAACAUAGAAUGUACAAGAAUAAUUAUAAAUUGAUAAUACAAAAGAAAAUAAAGAAAUUAAAAAUAAGGAAAAUUUAAUUAAUAAAGAUUAAACUAAUAAAGAUUAAAAGAAUUAAAUCUAAGAAGAAAUACAAUAACAUGAAUUAACUAUUGUAAAAGAAAAUUAACAAUUAAAUGAGGCAUAAAGUAAAAAAGAGACAAAAGAAGCCAUUAAUUAAAACAGAGAAAAAAGCAAAGAGUAAAAAGAAAAUCCAUCAAACUCUGAAGUUAUUUAGAAUUAAAAAGAAGCAAUAAAAAAAGAAAAGUAACAAAAUCCUAUUUAAUCUUCAACAUAAUAAAAACUAUAAGAAAAUUAAUAAAUAAAAGUACUACAAUAAUAAAGAUAAGAAUUAGAAGAAGAAAAUAAUUUUGGAACCAAAAAACAUCCUAAAAUUGCUUAAUCUAAUGAUGAUCAAAUUAUUAAUACACAAUAAUAAAUUUUAGAUAAACUUAAAUAAGAUAAAUAAGUAUAGAAUGUUGUAUAACAAAAAUAAAAUGAUAUAGAUAAAUAGAAAUAAACUAAAUAAAAUAAGUAAUAAUAAUAAUAAUAAUAAUAAUAACAAAAAUAAUAGUAAUAAAUAGUUUAAUAAAAAUAAAAUUAAUAAACAAAGAAAGUCAAUAAAGUUAUUAAAACAGGAUAUGAUUCUGAUGAAAAUUCUGAUGAUCAAUAAUAAUUAAAAGUUAAAGUUGUAUAAAAUUAAAAACAAAUUAAGAAAAAUGAUAAGAAAUAAAGUAUUGACUUUGAUAAUAAUUUAUUUGAAAAUUGUUGA